GAUUUGAAAACCGUUUGGCGGCUGUUUGUGUUUAAUGUUUUGUUUGCAAUUUUUCCAUAUAUAUUUUUUGCAAACAAUUAUUAUUUAUUAAAAUUAAAUAUUUUAACUAAUUAACCAUGAGUACAAGACCAACAAGACGUGCCGCUACAAAAGUCGCAGCAAUUAUUAUAUCAGACAGUGAAGCUGAAACACCAAUUAAGCCCAAAAGAGGACGAGUCAAGAAAAUUGUUGAUCCUGAUGCGGACAUAGAAAUGAAAAAAUCGCCAGUAAAAGCUGUAAAACGCAGAGGAAGACCACCAAAGAAAAUCGUUGAAGAAAUCAACAGCGACGAUGACAAUGAUGAUGCAAAUCCUCCAACCAAAAAAGUCAAAAAAGAGGAGCCCCUCGAUGAGGAUGAAAAACCAGUCAAAGUUGUAAAACCGCGAGCUAAAAGAGUUGCCGCUCCUAAAAAACCAGCUGCUCCCAGAAAGCCACGCACAACCAAAGCUUCAACAAGUAAAGCUGUUAAAGACGAAAUUGAAAGUGAAAAUCAAGAUCCAAAUAGUGAUGAAGCUGCCACUGAAGUGCCAGAUGUUCCAGAUGGACAAGUUUUGUCAGCGGUGAAGAAAUACACGGCCAGACCUUCAAUGUCUGGUGCAUUGAAUUCUUCAUUUAUGGCACGACGCAAAGUUUGGGACAUCUAUGAGCUUUUGGCAGAACAAGAAAACAUCGAUACCCUCUCAGCCAAAAAUAUAGUCUAUCUCUUUGAAAAUGAAAAUACAAUUCCUUUCAUUUGCCGCUAUCGUCGAGAUCUCAUCAGCCAAAAUAUCACACCGGAAAAGUUGCGUGAUAUUAAAAAUGCUUACACAGAAAUUUUGGCCUUGCGAAAGAAAGCCGAAACUAUUGUAAGUCAACUGGAAAAGGAGACAGAAAUCAAUGAAGAAGUUCGUACGGAGAUGUUAUGUGCCAAGAGUGCUGAAGAGUUGGAGUUUUUGUAUGCACCAUACAAACCUGCUAGCAAAGGAUCUCUAGCUGAUCGUGCCAAAGCCUUGGGUCUUGAAGAAAUUUCUGAUCGUUUGCUCUUUGGCGACUUGCCUCCAGUCGACCUGAAUAUGGUUGUAGACCGAAAAAAUCCUGAUUUGGAUCAUUUUGAUAAAGCAUUUGAAGGAGUAUGUCACAUUAUAUCACAUAAUUUCGCUAAACACACUGGAAUUCUUGAAGAAUUGCGUCGAUUACAAAAAGUUCAUAACAUAACAUUAAAAUGUACAAAAGCAAAGGUAGUUGAGCCAAAAGAGUCCAAAGAAGACUCAAAAUCCAAGUCUGCUGCAUUUACUUCUUCACAUGGUAACCGCAAUGAUCAAUCAAAGUAUGAAUCGUACUUUAAAUUUGAAAAUUCCAUUCGUUACAUCAAACCUCAUCAGGUUUUGGCCAUAAACCGUGGAGAAAAGUCAAAGUUUUUGACUGUAAAAAUCAAUAUUCCAGAUUAUUUUAAACAUGAAAUUAAAAGAUAUAUUCGUAAUGUUUUUACAUGCGAACAAAACUAUCCACUUAGGAAUGAGGUAUUGGAAAAGGCCUUUGAGGAAUGUUAUACAAAGAAACUUGUUCCAUUGGUUUCACGACAAAUACGAUCUGAUUUAAAUGAAUCAGCCAAAAAAGCAUCUAUUGAUGUUUUUGCUAAAAAUCUGAAACAACUUCUUCUAAUGUCUCCACUUAAAGGAGAACGAAUUUUAGGUGUUGAUCCUGGAUUUACAAAUGGCUGUAAAUUGGCAUUGAUUUCGGAAACUGCUGAUGUAUUGGAAACCGGCGUUGUUUAUCCACAUAGCAAACGUAAUGAUCCAGAUCAGUGUGGAAUAACACUUGCAAAAAUGCUAAUUCGAAAUAAAUGUAAACUUAUCGCCUUAGGAAAUGGCACUGCCUGUCGUGAAACUGAAUUUUGGCUAACAAAACUUUUCGAAAAAGGAAUUCUCGAUCCAGAAUAUGUAAAAUACAGUAUUGUCUCUGAACAAGGUGCCUCAAUUUACUCGUGCAGUGAAGUGGCUAAAAAAGAAUUUCCUGAUCUCGAUGUGAAUGUCAUAAGUGCAGUUUCUAUUGCACGUCGCCUAAAUGAUCCCCUAAGUGAGUAUGUUAAAAUUGAACCACGACACAUUGGUGUCGGUAUGUAUCAACAUGACAUAAAUGAGAAAAUUCUAUCGGAGUCUUUGAACGAAGUUGUGUCGGAAUGUGUAAGUUUUGUUGGAGUUGACAUUAAUACAGCAAGUUUAAGUGUUUUAAAACACAUUGCUGGUUUGACUGAAAAACGUGCUGAAAAAAUAAUCCAACAUCGACAAGAGAACGGACCUUUCCGCACCAGAAAGGAUUUGCUUCAAGUAAAGACUAUUGGAGAGAAGACAUUUGUACAAUGUGCUGGAUUCAUACGAAUUGAACCAAAAAGUCUUGGAGGUGAAGUUGACAAUUUAUUAGACUGCACUUGGGUACAUCCAGAAAGUUACACUGUUGCCAAAAAAAUUAUUUCAAAAUGUGGACUUAAUCUCAAAAAUAUAGGGGAACCUGAAUUUAUUUUUAAAAUCAUAAGUUUCAAAAACACACAAUCCGAUGAAUCUUUGACUAAAGAAUUUGGCAUUCCAAUUGAAAGGUUACAAGUCGUACUCGAAGCUCUUCAGAGAGAACUUUUUCAAGAUUAUCGAUCUGAUUUCGAUAAGAAACCACUUUUCAAGCAGGGAAUAACACGAAUGGAAGAUUUAUUUGUUGGAGAAAUUGUUACAGGAGCUGUAACUAACAUCACACAUUUUGGUGCAUUUGUUGAUAUCGGAAUUGAAUGUGAUGGAUUAAUUCAUUCAAGCAAAAUGAAUGGAAUUCAUUUGAAUCUGGGGGAUCGUGUUAAUACAUCUGUUAUUGAUAUUGACAAAAACAGAAGGAGAAUUGCUUUAAGAUUAGAUGAAUUGAUUUAAAUUGGUUUUUAAUUUUUAAAAGUUAAAAGUUGUUAGUUUGUUCCAUUGACUGUCUCAAGUCGUGUGCUGUGCUAUUACUAAGAUUUUUUAUUUGUUGCAUUUAGUACAAAAAAUACAAAAUCUAAAAGACCUUAAAAAAAUACUUAAAAAACAGUAAUUAAUUUAAAUGCAAUAAAAUCGUGUUCGUUUA